CCGUUGGUAAUUGAUGGGCUUUGCCGCAACUUCAAAUUGAUACUCCUUAAAAUUCUCACAAUCUAAUUUUCUGUCAUCAACAUUUUUCUCCAGGUCUGAACUGAAUCAAAAGCAACCAUGGAGAGGAAGAACAGCUUGAGCAACAGUUUGAAAGAUGGUAGUUUUGGCACUAGAGCCAUUAAAGACCCCAUCAACAACAAUAACAGCGUGCCAAAAGAUUCAGUGAACUGUGGUAGCCAAAGCUACGGAGAUCAUUAUGUUAAUGGGUUUUCAUGGCCUCCGAGAUCUUACACAUGUAGCUUCUGCAAAAGAGAAUUCAAAUCUGCUCAAGCUCUGGGUGGCCAUAUGAACGUCCAUAGGAGAGACAGAGCCAGGCUGAGGCAGUCACCCCCAAGGGACGGUCAGCAUCCUUUUCUUAAUCUUAACCCUAACCCUAAGUUCUCAUCCUCAUCAUCAUCAUCACAAUCAUCUCAGUCAAGAAGGCUUACACCAUUCUCUUUUCCUUUACCUUCUUUAAUUUCUUCUCCUCUUUCGUCAUCAACUUUACCAUAUUCUGCUUCCCUGAGUGACGGGAAAAAAUGGGGUACUCUAGUUGCAGGUAGCCUAUUUGACUCUUCAAUUCCAAAAGGCAUGGACUUAACUAAUAUGAAGAGUGAAAAAUCAUAUCGUGGGGGCGAAGAAUUUGAUGGGUUCAAGAAAGGGGACGGGUGCAAGAUUUUCAAGAAGCCUGGGAUUGUCAGAUUAGACUUGGAGAUCGGUAUCCUCAGUGACUCAAAGGAAGAUAUAGAUUUGGAACUUCGAUUGGGAUGCUCUUAGAUAUUGGAUGAACAUUCUCAGAAUUCCUUUUUUUUUUUUGCAAUCCUUGGCUACUUGCACCAAUUUACCAUCUGAGAUUCUGAGAAGACCAAACAGCGAUCGAGAUGUAAUAUGCAUAAUAUUUUUUUAUCUGAACAACGUAUUUUCCAAUGUAUUUGGCAUCAUCAUGUACUUCCUAUAUUUUUAUGCAUGGGCCCUUAUAUA